CCGGGGGAGCGGCUGGGGCUGGCAUUGGGCAGUGGCUUCGGCUCUUGUGCUGCUGCCGGGCCGGGAGCUGGGGUCUGGGCCGGUCGCCGCAGCUGCAGAUGCCCUACCCAAGGAUGUGGACCCUUGUGCCACUGUGGCUGGUGCUGGCUGGCGCUGUGGCCUCGCUGCGGUGCCCUGAUGGACGGGUCUGUGAAGGAUUCUCGGCCUGCUGCCAGGAGCCAGGUGGGGAUGGCUAUGCCUGCUGCCCGCUGUCUCCGGUCUUCCUGAAGUCCCUGCCUAUGAUCCAGACAGGGAUUGUGACUGAGCCCUCCAGAACAUGUCCUGAUGGUACCCAGUGCCCUGUGGAGUACACCUGCCUGCGCACCUCGGCUGGCUCCUCUUCCUGCUGCCCCUUGUCAGAGGCUGUCUCCUGUGCUGAUGGGCAUCACUGCUGCCCCCAAGGCUCCCACUGCAGCGCUGACAGCAAAUCCUGCUUCACGCUUCCAGAUCCUCAUGACCUGGCUGCUGUCCAGUGUCCCGACGGUGAAUCACAGUGUCCUGAUGAUUCCACGUGCUGUGUAACUGUUGAUGGCACCUGGGGGUGCUGCCCUAUGCCAGAGGCCUCCUGCUGUGUGGACAAGGUGCACUGCUGUCCUCGUGCCACUACAUGUGACCUGGCUCACUCCCGGUGCCUGUCAGCUGAUGGGGACCAGCCCAUGCGCAUGAAAUUCCCAGCCAGGAAACGGAUGCCAGGGCUCGGGGCACUAGUGUUGGCUGACAAGACCACCUGCCCAGACCAGAAGUCAAUGUGUCCAGAUGGUGCCACGUGUUGCCAGCUGCCAACUAACCAGUAUGGCUGCUGUCCUCUGCAGAAUGCUGUUUGCUGCAGCGACCACCUGCACUGCUGCCCCCAGGGCAUGACCUGUGACCUGCAGCACUCUACAUGCACUUCUGCACUGGGCCAGAUGCAGCCACUCAUGAGGCUCCCAGUAGUCUCCAGCUCAGCUCAGAAUGUGAAAUGUGACGACUUUACGAGUUGCCCAGAUGGGAACACCUGUUGCCAACUGAGCACUGGGGGCUGGGGCUGCUGUGCCUAUUCGGAGGCUGUGUGCUGCCCAGACCAUGUCCACUGUUGCCCCAAUGGCUACACAUGCAGCCUAGAGCAGGGCAGCUGCCAGGAGGGUGGUGCCACCAUCUCAUGGUUGAAGAAAACCCCAGCACAAGUGAGAGUGACUUCCACAAGCCAAGAGGUGAAAUGCGAUGACCAGACGUCCUGUCCAGAUGGAGAUACCUGCUGCAGGCUGUCGACAGGGGCCUGGGGCUGCUGUCCCUUUGCAGAGGCUGUGUGCUGCCUAGACCACAUCCACUGUUGCCCCAAGGGGUACACGUGUGACCCAGGGCAGGGCAGCUGCCAGAAGGGUGGUGCCACCAUCUCAUGGUUGAAGAAAACCCCAGCACAAGUGAGAGUGACUUCUUCCACAAGCCAAGAGGUGAAAUGCGAUGACCAGACGUCCUGUCCAGAUGGAAAUACCUGCUGCAGGCUGUCGACAGGGGCCUGGGGCUGCUGCCCUCUGCCACAGGCCAUGUGCUGCCAGGACCACAUGCACUGCUGCCCUAAGGGCUACAAGUGCAGCCCAGAGGGCAGCAGCUGUGAGCAGGGUGGCACCAGCAUCCCCUGGCUGGAGAAGACCCCAGGUCUGGUGAGAGUGGCCUCUGCAAGCCAAAAUGUGAAAUGUGAUGACGCAACGUCCUGUCCGGAUGAAAACACCUGCUGCAGGGUGGUGACGGGGGCCUGGGGCUGCUGCCCUGUUCCAGAGGCCACGUGCUGUCCAGAUCUCAUCCACUGUUGCCCCAAGGGCUCCAAGUGCGACUCAACGGGGAGCAGCUGCCUGCAAGGCAGCACCAGCAUUCCCUGGCUGGAGAAGACCCCAGCCCUGCUGAGUGUGAUGUCUGCAGACCAAAAUGUGAAAUGCGACAACCAACAGUCCUGUCCAGAUGGAAACACCUGCUGCAGGGUGCCAGGACCACAGGCACAGUGGACUUGCUGUCCCCUGCCUCAGGCUGUGUGCUGCUCGGAUGGCUUGCACUGCUGUCCUGCAGGCCACAUCUGCGACCUGGAACAUGGCAAGUGCCUGAGCAAACCGUUGAGGAUGUCUGCAGUGAGGGUGCAUGUGACCAGCGCCCCCCAGGUCCAGAAUGUGCAGUGCAAUGCAACGUUCAGCUGUGAAGAUGGGCAGACCUGCUGCAAGAAACUGUCAGGUGCCUGGGCCUGCUGCCAGCUGCCGAAUGCUGUGUGCUGCAAGGACAAGCAGCACUGCUGUCCUGCGGGCUACACCUGCAACUUGCUGGCACAGACUUGUGAGAAGCAGCAGGCAGCACUGCCUGCAGGCCUGGGCCCCUCAGCUGUGCUGCUGCCAGCCAGCCCCGAGCCCAGCAACGAUGUGGCCUGUGACAGCACGCACUUCUGCCAUGACAACCAGACCUGCUGCAAGGCGUCCACGGGUGCCUGGGCUUGCUGCCCCUACAAGAAGGGUAUCUGCUGUGAUGACAAGCGCCACUGCUGUCCCCAUGGGUACCGCUGCACCAAAAAGGGCCUUGGCUGCACCUGGCCUGGGCCCCACCGCUGGGAUGGCAGCAUCUUCUCUGCUGGCAGCCCAAAGAAGCAGAAAUUGCUGUGAAGUGCCUCUUGGGGCUCCCUGGGGACCCCCCCCUACCACCACACACACUUGUGGGCUCUGCUUUUCAGAGUUGAUGCUUUGAGGGGGGCUUUCCUCAUCCCAUGAGGCUUGUUACUCUGCCUCCACUGUCUCUGUCUCGCUCAUGGGUGUCUCCUGGUUCCUCUGUUUCCUCCCUGUUGAGCAUGGGGAGUGCUGUGACCUUCCUCCCCAUGACUCUUGCUCACUCCUUGCAGGGGAGGGAGAAAGAGAGGGUGUAACAGGCAUGGCUUAUGCCACCCUCCCACUUCUGCCCAUCUGCCCUACCUGGAACAGCAGGCACUGCCCAGAAUGAAGGGCCUUUUGCUUACUGGCCUGAGCUGCCUUAUCACCACCGUCCCUUAGCUGCUGUCCUUUCCCCACCCUGGAGCCCAAGAGCUUUGUGUUCAGCACUGACAGCAAGAGUCUUGCACUGUUGGUGCAAGCCUUGCACCCUUGUGAUUCUGUCCUGCUGCCCUCUACUGCUGCUGCCCACUCACCUCUCCCCAGGAGGGGCCCUUCCAAACACUCCUUGCUUCCCCUGGUGUGUGCCAGUUGGAGGCCAGGAGGUGGAAGUAUUCUUCCUGCUCAUGUACAGCUGGCUUGCUGUAGUACACUCUGCUGUGCUAGGAAGCCUAGCUACCCUACAGCUUUGGAGUGACCAGCUGUCACCUCUAGGGCUAACUGUGUUGACUCUCCAAGAGGUCUUGAGUAUGGCCUGGACUGCAACAGGGAUUUUCUAUCAACAGCUUCGAUCCAACUCCAUAGGUAUCUUCAGUCCCCACCACCUCAGCUCCUUCCUGCCUUUUCAGACUUGCUGUCUAUCCUCAGAACAAACUUAGCAUCUGUACGUGAGCUUGGCACAAGGAAAACGGGGGCAGGGGCAGUCUUAAAUUCUCCUCUAGAAGGGGACCUUGCAAAGCAACCUCCUGCCAUGCCGAGGAAAAGUGUAAGGCGUGGACCACCAGACACCCACCCUCGCCUUGGGAAAAGCCAGGAGAGGCUGAGGCAGGCUGACCUAAGAUGCCUUCCAU